ACAACCACACGCAACACUCAUUGUUAUGCUUUGAUUUAGUUGUCGGGAUUAAUCAGAAGAUUUCCAAUUCAAAUGUGUCGAGGUUCAUUUUAUUUCUCCAACGGCAAUGUCGUUUUGGAAUUCAUCUACCCCCUACACUUGAAUGGACUGAAAAAACGAACUAGGAAGGUGUUGGGCUUACAAAAAAAAGACAAGGAUGCAGAGACCACGAACUCACCUGACAAAGAAGCAAGUGCGAGUGGAAAGAAAAGAAACAAAAAGACUAACGGAGCACCCAAUGGUUUCUAUGGAGAGUUUGACUGGGACAGAUACGCAUCGCCCGAUGUGGACGAGGAAGGUUUUAGCCAACGUCCUGGCGAUGAAGGUGAUGCAGCGUCCACAGGAAAGCAGUUUUUCUCCUCCAGCGACUCAGAGGACGAGGAAGAAAGCAAGAGAAAGUUCCAAAUCAGGAUCAAGCCCCUGGUGACUGAGAGUGCCAAAUGCAUCCCUCCAUCGGUGGAUGAGCUCAAAGCCUCAGUGGGAGGUUUGGCGCUUUCUCCAUCUCUGAAGAGAAGUCCGGGACAGAUAAAGAGGCACCUGUCAUGUGAAGAGAUCGCUCGACCCAGACGCUCGACCCCCACGCCAAGUCCUGCCCCUGACACCUCAAGUGACAGACUAUCGCAGAACAGCCCCGCCUUCUUCAGACUGCCCACACUGAGCCAAUAUGCCAGAUAUGAUGUGGUUCCUGCUGAUGUCUGGGGAGGAUCUCAGCCAAGGUCGGAGUCGCCUUUGAGCAAAAGUUUCCCGACGGGAGCUCCUCCUCCGCUCCCUCCCAAGAACAUAUCGCGGAGUCAAGGCUAUCCUUCGCAAUCUGCAGUCGAUUUACCCAACAGAAGAGCAACUUGCAGUUCCGCCCCCAUCUACCUAAGCGUCUUGUCGCCCUCAUCCCACCAAGGCUCGGCGGCGCCCGACCUGGACGAUGUGUUUGGUAGCCCGCGCGCUGUUGAAGACACCCCGUCCGCCAGAUGGGUUACUUUCACAAAUGACAGACCUCCGCCACCAGAUGAGCCCGCUCCGCCCCCUCCACCAGAUUCUCCCGCCCCGGACACCCCCUCGUCCACACCCUCCACCCCGCGUCUCUCGCCGGGACCCCCUCCCAACGAGCCUCCGCCUUCACCUCCGGCCGUCUCUCCUGACUCUCUGCCUCCUUUCACGCCACCGGACUCACCCACUUCCAUCAUGUUGGGACCUCCUCCUCCGGAUGAACCGGCCCCUCCCCUGCCCCCUUACUUCUCGCCCAGUAGUUCGCCAGCUGUCUGCCUUGACGAGGAGGCCAUUGAUGAGGAGGUGCUGCAGUUUGCGCAUUACUCGCCCUCCCCAGUAUCAAGAAGUCCCGUGCCUCCUCUGCCAGCGGAGAGACGGUCUCCUCGAACAGGAGUUACAUCGCCGCUGCUUUUGGGGGGAGUAGGGGGGAAAAGGACGCCCGAGGCGCUGCACCUGAGAGACGACAUCCCAGACUUGACGGGUUCACCAAGAGAGCUAACGGCGAGCUUCCGCGGAACGCCGCCUCCUCUUCAUCCCACCGCGUACCGAUCCAUUGUGUCUUCCCCUGGGCCUCAUUCAGGAGCAUCUUCACCAGCCCGCUGCGCUACCCCCCAGUCUCGCGGCAGUCCGGUCCCUCCUCCUCCUCCUCCGCGGCCUUCUUCGCGGCCAAAGUUGCCCCCUGGAAAACCCACCCCAGACCUGACUCCGCCCUUCAGUCCUUCUGUGUCUGGAAGCCCUCCACCUUUUGCCCCACUGGCUCGGGCAGAGAGCUCCUCUUCCAUCUCUUCCAUAACGUCGCAGAGCGCGGCGUCCACACCCACUUUAGGGCGGGACCUCAAUCUGUCCAACACAGGGUGUUCAAGAGGGCCCAGCCCGCUUACCAUGGGACCUCAGGACACUCUGCCAGUGGCAGCGGCCUUCACAGAAACCAUCAACGCUUACUUCAAAGGCGCCGACCCCACCAAAUGUGUGGUGAAGAUUACCGGGGAACUGGUGCUCUCCUUCCCGGCAGGCAUCACCAGGCAUUUCGCCAGCCACCCGACUCAACCCGUCCUCAUCUUUAGUAUCGGCAACUACACCCGACUGGAGCAGGUCCUACCCAAUCCACAGCUGCUGUGCUGUGAUUCCCCAACAGACAGCGUAGAGACCAAGCAGUUCUGGGUGAACAUGCAAAACUUGAUGAGUCAUCUUAAAAAAGUGGCUGAGCAGAAGCCCCAGGCGACAUACUAUAAUGUGGAUAUGAUCAAAUAUCAGGUGUCAGCAGAUGGAAUCCAGUCCACUCCUCUUAAUCUCGCCGUGAGUUGGCGCGGCGAUGCCGACACCACGGACCUGAGGAUAGACUACAAAUACAACGCAGAGGCCAUGGUGACCCCGGCGCCGCUUCACAACGUCCACUUUCUGGUUCCUGUGGAUGGAGGCGUAGCUAAACUCCAAGCUAUGGUCCCACCUGCCACCUGGCAUCCAGAGCAGCAGAUGAUACAGUGGAAGAUUCCCAGCCUUUCCAGUAGGUCUGAAAAUGGAGGAGUCGGGGCUCUGCUGGGCCGCUUCCAGAUGACAGAGGGUCCGUGGAAACCCUCCCAGCUGACAGUUCACUUCACCAGUGAGGGCAGCACUAUGUCCGGUUGCGAUAUCCAACUGCUCGGCACUGGCUACAGGCUCUCCCUAAUUAAGAAGAGAUUCGCUGCAGGGAAAUAUUUGGCAGAUAAUUAGUGGACCCGCCUAUGCACACAAGCAGGGGAAUCCGUGGUUUGUUUGUUUUUCUUGCCUCUGACGACAAUGACUCCCUUUUAAACUUUACAGAAUCCAUCAGUAGAAAGAUGGCUGCUGAGUGUAUGCAAAUCACGUAGUUUGUUACUUGAAACACUUUUGGGCCCUAAAGGAGUGAAAUCCUAAUUGACUCCUGGAAGCUUAAUAGUGGAUCCAUACAGUGAUUCAGCCAAACCUCCCUAACUUUGUCCAACUUGUCAUUGUAAAUUUAUUGUAAAAGAUAAUAGAGGAUAUAUUAUGACCACAGGGUGGAAAAUGUACAAAAAUUGUAUGAUAAGGAGGGUUAUUUUCCAAUGGAAAUUUAUUCAUUUAGAGAUUAUUUAAAAAAAGAAGAAAUAUUGCGACGCAUGGUUGAUGAAAGACCCGCCCCCACACACACACACCGUUUUUGUUGAAUGUCUGCGUGAGCCUUAAGAUCGACAAGGGUUGUGCCAUAUGUUGGAAAAAGGGAGGUUGUAAUCCUCGAUUAGCAAAAUUGAUUGCCGCUUCAUAAUAUCUUGUACUCAAGGACAUCAAGAAGUGAUGAAUGUGUUGUAGGGGAAAAAAAACAAAAACAGAUACUGCACACGUAUUAUGUACCUGCUGUGACGGCUUUUAUUUUGAUUUCAUGUUUCAAAAAAAAUAAUUCUAAUAGCAAUAUUGAAAUAUUUAAGUGUCAAAAGUGUAGACGGAGAAGUAUGUUUGAAAUAUUUCUCCCAGCAAAUGGAUGGAUAUGCGUUUGUGCUUGUUUGUUGACGUCAUAAGGAUCUUAGGUUAUCUGGAACGAAAGCGUUUCUCCUCAUCUAUUGUUUAUCUUGUGUGCUCCCUGUACAAAAGUACGUGUUACUGUUCACGAAUAAGUCCGGCGCCGCAUGAAGUCUGCAUCGCCCCUCCCCACUUCUCUCAUUGCGAUGCUUCUCCAUGUCCAUAAGGUCACGAUGCAAUCUGUGUACUAUUGUGUAAUCAUGCUAUUACUUCAAGUUUGCUACCUAUUCAGUGAAUCUGGCAUGUCGUCAUUCAUGUCCCCCUGUUUGAACUCCACACAAAACAUCUGGUAUUAUCCAUCUUCUAUGUUGCCUCACAUUUAAGGCCUCGCUGUAAUAACAGCUCGUUCAAAUUCUCUUUUCUUUGCCUGGAUUUUCGCGCAGAACAUGAUGUCCGUCUUUAAAUACACAGAAUAUGCAAACAUUUGAUGUACAUUUCCCAUCCAAAGAUUUGAAAAGUAAAUACAUGUGGAAAAAGUCAAUAUAAUGUAAGACUUGUUUGACUUGGAUAAUAAAGAAAAGAAAAUAG